AUGAAACGCACUAAUGCCCUCGUCUCUCUGUGUCUCUCUGUCUUUGUCUCCUCCUCAGGCUCGGUGUCUCUCAGUGUUUUCCUGCUGUCUGUCGCGUUCGUAGUCUGUGCCGUUUGGCUCGUAGCUCUGUGUGGCGUCUGCACCUGGUGUCAGCGUAGACUGGGGAAGAGGAAUAAGCCGGGGGUGGAGGCUGCCGGCUCUCCAGAGUCUGUGAGAGGUCGAGGAGAAAAUAAAGCCAUCAACGAUUUAGACCGAGACUUUUGGAAUAACAACGACAGCAGCAACGUGCAGCAGAGGUGGAGCUCCUACCCUCCCAAGGAGUUUCUCUUAAACAUGUCUCCCUAUGCUCCCUAUGGAGACCCUCGCCUCACUCCCAAUUUCGGGGAUGCCUCCCUGUCGUCCGCCUCCACCCUGGAGCACAUCCCGUCCUCGGCUGUGGCUCGCCCUCGACCCCUCGUUCGGCAGCAGAGCCUCCAACAGCCCCUCACUCACCAGCCCCCACCGGGUCCCAAUGACCCCCCGGUCACCUCGCAGAGUCUGGGCCAGCUGCACACAGGUCCGGGCAGUGGAGGCCACCGUGGGGGCCCGCGGGGGGUCCGGGGGAGUCCGGCUGGAGCCUCCCGGCAUAGAGGAACGGGGACUGGUCGAUCACGGUCAAAUCCAGGCAGCUGGGACCACACGAUGGAGCAGAUCCGCCACAGAGGUCUGGACGUCAAGUCCUUCCUUGAAGGGAAGAUGGUUGUUCUGUCUCUAGCAAUCGGGCUGGCUGAACAGGAUGACUUUGCCAACCUCCCAGAUCUUCAGGAGGCACCGACGAGCAAAGAAAAUGAAACCACGCCAGAAAGAAGAACUCCUGGGAACAAACUAGGCAGCAGCCCCAGAGGUCAGACCCCAGAUGAAACCGGACGUCGCCAGGGGCAGAGCCAUGAAGCCAACUCUUCUGUUUCUGACUUGGCCAACUCCGUCACCACCAGUGACAUGCUCAUGUUGUCACCGGGGUCAGAAGAGGACGACCACGAGGGUCCGGCACGUGAAAAACUGGGUCGUGUUCAGUUCAGUGUUGGAUACAGUUUUCAGGACUCGACCCUCACCGUCAAAAUUCUGAAAGGCCAGGAUUUACCUGCCAAGGAUUUCUCUGGUACUUCCGAUCCAUUUGUCAAAAUUUAUUUGCUGCCAGACAAGAAGCACAAACUGGAGACCAAAGUCAAGAGGAAGAAUUUAAACCCCCACUGGAACGAGACCUUUUUAUUUGAAGGGUUUCCCUAUGAGAAGGUGGUCCAGAGGACUCUGUACCUGCAGGUUCUGGACUACGACCGAUUCAGCAGGAAUGACCCCAUAGGAGAGGUGUCCAUCCCCCUCAACAAACUGGACCUUGCUAACAUGCAGACUUUCUGGAAGGAGCUGAAUCCGUGUAGCGAUGGCAGUGGGAGUCGAGGGGACCUCCUGGUGUCCCUGUGCUACAAUCCUACAGCCAACACCAUCACUGUGAGCAUCAUCAAAGCACGCAACCUCAAAGCCAUGGACAUCGGUGGCACUUCUGACCCCUAUGUAAAAGUGUGGUUGAUGCACAAGGACAAGCGCGUGGAGAAGAAGAAGACGGUGGUAAUGAAAUGUUGUCUGAACCCUGUUUUCAACGAGUCCUUCCCCUUUGACGUGCCCGCCCACGUGUUGAGGGAGACCACCAUAAUCAUCACCGUCAUGGACAAGGACAGACUCAGUCGCAAUGAUGUCAUUGGAAAGGUAUCUCCUUCCCUUUCUUCUACGCCUCUUCCUGCUUUCUCUUGUCUUCCCAUGUGGUUCUGUGACUCUGUUAGCAUCAAAAAAUGA